GAUGCUCCAUGAAGGUUAAUUAAUAUUAAUGAGCUGAAGUAUUUUGUGCCUAUUCUGAGAAACGACGCACUGCGCAUGUCAGUACAAAAGAUAAACGACAACUGCAUGUCUACUGAAGCGCUCACCUAAACCGAUUCAUUUAGGUGUACAAAAUGGGGAAGGCUCUUUCCCACCUGCCUAAGCAUACCUCUCAUGAUGACUGUCAGGACAGCCUAACCACGUCCCCCGGGUACAGUGCCAUGCAGACGGAGGACAGUAAGAGCGGGGGAGACGUGUCUCAGUUCCCUUACGUGGAGUUCACUGGCCGAGACAGCGUCACCUGCCCCACAUGCCAAGGCACUGGAAGGAUCCCGCGAGGCCAAGAAAAUCAGCUGGUGGCCCUGAUCCCAUACAGUGACCAGAGGCUGAGACCAAGGAGAACCAAGCUGUAUGUGACUGCUUCAGUCACUGUGUGCCUGCUGCUCUCCAGCCUGGCUGUUUUCUUCCUUUUCCCACGUUCCAUUGAUGUGAACUAUGUGGGAGUGAAGUCUGUCUACGUGUCCUAUGACCAGAGCAAACGCAUUGUCUAUCUCAAUGUCACAAACUCAUUGAAUAUUACUAACAACAACUAUUACUCGGUGGACGUGGCCAACAUCACAGCCCAGGUGCAGUUUUCCAAGACUGUGAUUGGAAAGACUCGCGUUAGCAACAUAACCACUAUUGGCCCCCUGGAUAUGAAGCAGAUUGACUACAUGGUGCCCACCACCAUAGCAGAUGAAAUGAGCUAUAUGUAUGACUACUGUACUCUGCAGAGCAUCAAGGUGCACAACAUUGUGGUUAUGAUGCAGAUAACCGUCACUACAGUGUAUUUUGGCCAUGCUGAGCAGGUGUCUCAGGAGAUGUACCAGUAUGUGGAUUGCGGAGGAAACACUACGGCUCUGCAUGAAUAUAGUCUGAAUACUCCUUGGGCAGGCUAGAGCUGAUCCUGAUAGUCUAAUACAUCACCCUGUCCCUCACCUCUCCAUUCAUUCCAUGUGUCAUUGUUUUGGCAAAUCUGGUCGAGGGAUUACUGCACUUCUGCCAGUUAACCACCAGAUGUCAGGGUGUUCGCAAUUCACGAAAAAUGCACUUUAUUUUUCAUUUUAUCCAAGCAAUAUGAACAUUGAGAAGUCUGCGUAGUUCUCAUUCUGGUUCACUUUGCCAAACACAGUAGUUCAUUAGUGUGGAGGUACAAGUUACCUUUUGACAAAGUUCUCUUGUUUUCAAGCACUACCUAUGUAUUUGAUGGUAUUUUGGGUUAUUAUUUUUAUCGCUUUGAACCUGAUAUUCAUUACAGUUCCAACGACGAGAUCAAUCUUAACCCAAACACACUCAUUCCAGUUCCACAGAGUUGGUUCAUGCUCACAGAUGGCAAUACAUGAUGCUGUCUUCUGAGGGGGAGUGGGGGUGCAUAUUUCAGAUAGCUUUCAGCUACUGUAUUUCAUGCAUCAUGUGACCACUGAGGGAAUGUUAUUGUAGAUAGCACAAAAGUUGGUGAAAGUAAAAUGCUUCAAUCUAUUUAUUUUGUUUGCUCUUUGAUAGCAAAGUUUCUCAUUGUCAGAGUUUAUAAGCUGUCAAUCUCCAUGAGAAAUUGCCUCCAAAUGCAAGUUGGUAAAGCACUAAUUACGUAGAACAACAAUCACUGGGACCUGAGAGCAUCUGGCUGCUUACAUAAUGGAGGAUAUCAGGAGAUGAUAAUUCCCUCAGAUUUCUUAUUGUUCAGUAUUUAAAGGCAUUUCAUAUAGAAGUGUAGAUGUUUGCUCAUUAAAACUAGAUAUUACGUUUAGAUUGAGAGAAGUUUGAUAACAUUUUUAACAAAAUGGACUAUAUAGAAAUUUACAUUUGUAAACAUUUUAAUUAUGUUUGUAAAAAAGCUUAAAAGAUUAUAUGCUUAAAGAUGAUCUUUUGCCUCUGUAAUAGAAGUGGCUGCUAACAUGAUUUGGCAUUUAUGCAUUUCAUAACAACUGACUGCUUGAUGUACAUGUUUGUAUGUAGCACUUGUCAUUUUUGAAAAAAGUGGUUUGGACUGCUUAAGAGAUACACUGAAAUAACAUGACCCCUACUAGUUUCCAUGAAAUAAACAUGUUUUGAGUC